AAUGGCGCCUUGGGUUUGAGGUUUCAAAAUUGGGUCUCAAGGCUCUCAACUCAAUCCAUCAUCAGUCAAUUAGCGCAGAGAGAGAGAGAGAGAGAGAGAGAGAGAGACGAUGAUACUGCGAACUCCUCCGCCGUCGAAGAAGCAGAGGCUGGAAAGCAGAGCCGCGGAGGCGAGCCCUGCCGUCGGGUCCGACCGCCAAGUGGUCAUCUACGAGGACCCUCCCGAUGGCGAUCCCAAUGCCGACCAGCCCUCUUCCUCCUCCGACCACUUGCUCUGCACCUAUCAAUGUCGCCAAAUGGUUAAGUCGGAGUUCUUCGAGGCGUUGAGCAGUGCGGAGAAGCAAGCCCGCGAUUAUCAUUCCCAGCUCCAGGCUCUGAACGACGACUUCCUCAAAGCUGAUGCCGAGAGAAAGAAAUUCAGGGAACAGUUGUUGUAUGCUGAACAAGAACUUGCAGCCGCCAGAGGACGUGAACAGGCACUGCAGGGGCAACUUUUUAAGGAAGUCCGUGAUUCCCAGGAACGAUUGAAAAAGCAGAUUCAAUCGCACAGUGAAAUGGAGAUAAAGCUGCAAAAUGAAAUGAAUCUUCGCAAGAGCACCGAAUCAUUAGCUGCUUCUGCUGAAGAAAAAGCAAGUCUUUCAGAGGGAAAGUUAAGUCGUCUUUCUGGAGAUACCCAAAGCAAGAAUAAGAGUCUCCGCAAUGAGCUUGUGCAACUGCAAAGGGAAUCAAAGCUUUCUAUCUCCAGAAUAAGUGCAGAUCUUGAAAAAAUGGAGUGCAGAGCUGUUAAUGCAGAGAAACAGUCGAACUUGCUGAAAGAGCAGCUAGAAGAGCUUCGGAAGCAAUUCAAUGAGUGCUUGCACCAGAAAAGUGAGGCGGAGAAAAAGUUGUCCACUCUCACCUUUCAGGAAUCAAGUUCGAAUGAGACCACAGUUUUGGUAAAACAUCUACAAGAAGAGCUCAGAAAUUAUGAGUCUGAAGUGCGGGAAGCCAGAAAACUGAAAUCAUCUCAUGAGCAAGUUGAGUUAAUAAAGGAAAAGUUGCUGGAAGAAAGGGGCCGCCGUGAGAGGGCAGAAUUAGAGACAUCUCAAUUGCAGGAGCUUCUGCAUGAUAUGAAGAAAGUGGAGGAAGAAUUACGUUCCUGGAAGUUAACAACCAAGGACAUUCCGGGAGUGUCAUGUCCUGAUGAUAUCCCUCUUAAGUUUGCAGCUUUACAGAAAGAGGUGAUUGAGAGUACUAUGAAGGUUGGUGAGGCAAAUGCACGCUUGAAACAAAUGGAGGUGGCUUUGGACGAGGCAACACUUAGUAAGCAACGUGUUGAAACAGAGGCUGCACUUGCAAAGCAGAAAGCAGAAGAAUCUAUAUCAGAGAUUAAGAGGAUUCAGUCAACGCUUUCAGUGAUCACUGAGGAGCGGGAUAAAUAUCAAACUCUUGUCAAUGAGCUGAAGAAGCCGGAGAAAGAUGAAACUGGGAGUAAAGUGGCAAAUGAGUUGCAGUUGUCUCUUGCCAAGAAGGAAUGUUGUAUCAAAGAAAUGGAGAGCAGUUUAAAUGAGCAAAAGGAAGCUUAUAAUCGGCAACGGGAGGAGAUUAAGUUACUAAAUGAGAGGCUAAAUAAUGAAGCAAGAAGGAUAAAAUCACUGGAAAGGGAGAGUGAUCGGCUUAGAUCAGAAAUUUCUCUUUUGGAGUCAAAGUUGGGUCAUGGUGAUUUUUCUGCCGCAAGUACAAAAGUACUGCGCAUGGUGAAUACUCUUGCAGUUGAUAAUGAGGCAAAGCAAACCAUUCAAGCUUUGCAAACUGAGUUGCAGAAGACAAAGGAUAGGUUGCAAGCUGUUGAAGAGCUCAAUAAUCAGUCAGGCAAUGCUGCAAAAUCUGUUGAUUGCCAAAUAUCUGAAAAGAUAACUCAGCUGAAAGAACAAAUUGCAACACUUGAGAAGCGUGAAGAAAGGUACAAGACUGUCUUUGCAGAUCGAAUUUCAGUGUUUCGACGGGCAUGUUGUGAGCUUUUUGGUUACAAGAUUGUGAUGGAUGAACACCAGCGUCCUAAUGGCAUUCCAGUAACACGUUUUACCCUCCUAUCAAUUUACGCUCAGAAUGAUGAAGAGAAACUUGAGUUUGAAUAUGAAUCUGGCAAUGUAACAAUUCUGGGAAAUGAUUACUCUUCACAUCCUGAGAUAUCACGUCAGAUUGGGAUCUUCAUUCACAAGAUGAAUUCCAUCCCAGCUUUCACUGCCAACAUAACAGUGGAGUCUUUCAACCGGCGAACCUUGUCCUAGAAACGAAUUGUUUACCGAUGGAAGGACAACUUGGGUGGUGAUUUUUAGGCGUGAAUACAUUUGUUUGUGUUAGUCAUACCUACCUAAAAAAUAGCCGCAUCAAGUUUCUGACUUGGUGCCCGAGACCAGACUGUUCAUAUUGAGAGUUUGGCUCAAAUAGUUGGUGCAGUAUCCAGGGUUACGUUUUUGGUAUUGGACAAAAUAAAAGGUGGUCUAUAUUUUGAAUGACGGCAAAA